AUGAUGUUUGCGUGCGCGCUGCCAUUGCAGUUCUGGGGCGACGCAGUGCAGUGCGCUGUCUACAUCUUGAACCGCAGUCCGACGCGAGCGAAUGCGAAGAGAGCGUCACCUAUCGAGGUGCUUACGGGCAAGGUGCCAGAUCUGCGCAGCAUUGUCGUUUUCGGAUCGUCUUGUAGCGUCUACCGCGACCCGCGUAAGAGCUCGCUGCAGCAGCGUUCGCAGACAGGCAUCAUCGUGGGCGUGAGCGAGGAUACGAAGGGUUACAAGGUUCUCCUUCAGCGAGAGAGCAAGGUGGUCGUCACAAAACACGUAAAAAACAUCUCCACGUUGUCCGAUGCGCAGAACGAGCAACUACAGCGUGCGAAGAAGGUCGGAUAUCGAGACGACAAAGCGAAAGAUACAGCUUCUACAACAGAGGCAUUAGUGACGACUCGCGACGAUAAAGGAGGAGCUCAAAAUGGUCGCGAAGGUCGCAAGAAGAGCAAGAAGCUGUGGUCGCGACAAGCCUACGGAACGCGCGGUGCAUCGAAGCAAGAGCAAGCGGCUGCGCGCCAGGAGGAGCGAGCUAAGAGCGACGAGGUAAUCAGCGCAGUCUUCGAGCGCGAUCCGCGCAACUAUAGUGAAGCCAUGCGCAGCUUAAGGCGUGCUGAGUGGAAGGCGGCUAUGCAAGAAGAGAUCGCUGCGCUCGAGAGCAACGACGUGUGGGUCGUUACAAAGCGCAGCCCGGGCGCGAAUAAUCUUCACUCCAAGUGA